AUGAUCAAACUGAGUUUGCAACAAGUGAAAGCUCUACACGGACGAAAAAGCAAACAGCCUUGUGUGGUCAUAUCGGGAAAGAUCAUUUCAGUGGAGAAAUUCAAAGAGGAACACCCAGGAGGAGAAGAAGUGUUGAUGGAAUAUGCUGGACUGGAUGCAACGGAAGCGUUUGAACUGGCUCGUCAUUCCGAGAGUGCCAAAAGGAAAGUGUUGGAGUUGAUGAUCGGAGAAGUUUGUAGUAGUAUUGAGAAACAGGAAGAACAAAAGCUACCACCAUCAUCAGCAGUAGGUAGGAGUGAUUUGAGUGGUGGUGAUGGUGGUGAUACCAGAAACCGUACUGCUGAUCUGAGCCAAGAACAAGACGAGCCCAACCGGAAAUGUUCUUUACAAUAA